AUGGUGGGCCGUCGAGGUAAGGGCGACACGUCCCCUCGACCAUACCCCGAUAAUGGCAAUGAAGUACAGGGUUUCUCGGGAAUGCUUGCCCCCGAUCCUUACGCCUCUCCUAACGGUAUGUAUCCUCCGUGGAGUGAACACAAUAAUCUACCACCUAAUUUGAUCCCGCUACCUUUUGGUCAUCCAAACGCCCCUAUUCGGGUCAGUGUGCCCCCACAACCUCCUUCAGAUGUUAUACAGACCUCAACAGGUCGAAAAAAGCGAACACUUUCUUCUGAUCGCCGACAAUCAUCAAACACACCAAAGCAUCCUAAAAAAAUAUCCUGCGGGGCUUGCAGAACGCGAAAGAUCAAGUGUGAUGGCUUAAAACCAGUCUGUGGGUCUUGUAAAAAAGGAGGACUGCCGAACUCAUUGUGUAUUUACGAUAAUUCUCCUUGGGUUAGCACGGUCGUCAAAGAAAAACAACUGAAGGAGGAAAUAGAAGAACUGAAAAGGAAGAACGAGACCAUUAAACAGCAGAUGAAAAUCCUUAAAGCAGAGAUGACUCUCCUACAGAAUGACAAUUUGAAACUUGGACUGGAUUGCGCCAAAGUCAAACCUCCAGAGAACAAAUUUCCAAUAGAAUGCUUUCAUAAAGGAUCGUCAGAUCUGGUACUAAAUUUCCCAUUUAAAGAAGAGUUCAACGUGCUUCAAAAACUCGAGAUUUCAAAUCUCUUAGGAUCUCGAGAGCCCAAACUUGUUGGACCGACAAGUUGGAGGACAGCUAUUUCAAUUGAUAAAAAAAUGAAGUUCAUCUUCGAGAAAAUAUCUAAAUCAAUCAACACUAAACUACAUGCCAUGCAAGAAGACUCUUCUGAAAGCCCAGGUGAAACAGGCUCAUUCGAUUCAUUUUCUUUCCAUCCACUUUCAAUUAACAGUAUAAAAAAUGAGCGAUUGACUCUGAGUAAGAAAGAAAGUAUCGUAAAGUACCUAUAUCAAAGAUUACCAAACCCUGCAGUAUUCAGAUUACUUUUUGAAAACUUUUUCGAAGAUACAAGUAUUCAAUUAUGUCCUGGAAUGAUCGACAGGCACGAGCUUUUUGAGGAUUUCGAAAAAACUCUUGGGAUUGAUAUUAGUGAUGGAAGAUGGCUAGAGAGUUUAGAAACUCCUUUCGAAUAUAGAGUAUCCAAAAUUGAUGACGAUUUAACGUUCAGCAAAGUGGCAAGAAUUCUAAUGGUUGCUGUAACGUCCCUUUUGUUCGGGUUGAACACGUUCGGUAGCUCUGGUCCUGACACCUUGACAGAAAAAUUAUCCUCGUUCUCCAGCUCAUCCGAGAUCGUAAAGUGCUUCAGAUCGUUUCAAGAUCAGGAGCAUACACGCAACUUGCGAAAUGUGGCAGAAACACUUUUAACGCUUGGGAAUGUACAAAAAUUUCCCUGCAUAAGAGCUAUCCAAACACUUUUGCUCAUUCACAUGAAUAGUUUAUAUGGGCCCAGCUUUUGUACUGAGCUCUUUGAUGAUCUGACUUCAUCAGUUCUUGGAUUGGCUUGCCAUAUGGCAAUGCAGUUGGGAUUGCAUAAAGACAUUGAUAUACUUUACGAAGAUCUUCCGAUGCAUAUACGCAAGACAUUAAAAGCAACAUGGCUUAUAUUGCUUGGUUAUGAUGGAAGGCGAAGUUUAGUAACAGGGUUGCCGUUACUCAUCAACGAGUCAUAUACAUACACGUACAAAAGUGGUCAAGAUGAAGAUUAUGAGCCAGGUGAUUUUGAAACAAGAGAACGCAUUCUUAUCACAAAAUCUCUUCUUUUAUCCCGUGGCACAAUGAAUGAAAUUUUAAGGGAAGAAAAUAAAACUGCUUUGAAUCUGAAGCUUCAAAUCGACAAAUUGACGUUCUACAAGAACCGAUAUUUUUUGACCUCGUUAAGUCGACAUUUAGAAUGCUUAAAGUUAAGUGACUUAUCUGAAAGCGAAUUCCAACUACGUUUAAGACAAAUAAAGAAUAUCCUUCAUUUGUAUUCUUUGCAGCAAUCCAUUCACCUAAUGCUUUACUUGACAUACGAUAGUGAUGCUACCCCCGAAUUCGAACCUUUGAAGGAAAAGUAUUGUCUGUUAACGCUGAAGAUUUCCGUGCUGUUGAUUUUGAGCGUGGUUCAGGUUGGGAAGACAUUACUCGAAAUAUGCACCAGAAACAAUAUAAAUCGCGAGAGACUAUCUUACGUUUUACCAGUUAUGAAAGAAUGCGAGAUUAAGGCUGCAUUAUUCAUUUUGUCUAUCAUACUACGGGAUCUCUAUAAGCUGAAAAAUAUGCUAGAGAACAAACCGAAAACUUCGAUAAGUGAGAUUAUUCAUGGUUCCACUGUUUAUGAUCUCACAUUCGAAGGAUUAGAAGAUCACUUUGUCAACGAAGAAGCCGAGGACUUGAGCAAGUUGGCUCAAAUUUUCACAAAGGAUAAUACUUUCAUAACCCUGAAGUUCCUGUCUGAUUCGCUUGAAGAAAUAUGGACUACUGAUGCGACAUUUAUAGUAAUGAACCCCCACUUUUCUUUGGGGCUAGAGCUAAUCAGAGACAUGUUUAGCCAUUUUGUUCAGACGCUCCAAAAUUUCAAGUUCAACACAGCAUCUCAAGGAAGUUCGAAAUACGAUCUGGACUCUACUUCUCACAGUUCUCCUUCAACCAUCAAGAGUAAAAAUACCAUUGGACAUUUAAAGACGGGUGGCUGGGAGACGCAUCAACCUCAUCAGACUGUGACCGGAAAUAGUUGUCAAAAGCCUUCAGAAAGAAGUAGUAUUUCCUCUUCUUCUCCCAGCGCAGCAGGUAAUAGCGCCGGGUUUUCGGAAAAAACAGAUAUAGGAAGCAGCCAAAUCACGAAUUCUUAUUUAGUGGAUUCAAAUGUUUUCCAGUUUGCGGCAUUCGAAAAUUCUAGUCAUAUUCCACAAGAAACAAAUGUAAGAUCGUCACUACUGUCAGCAGAACUACCUGAUCGAACAGAAAGCGAAAAGUUAGAUGUCGGUGAUUUUUUGUAUGAUGAGCUUGACAGCCUUCUUACUCUGGACGUAGAAGCUUUUAGCUCUAAGUUCAAAAACGACAUCCUGACAAAACGUAAGGGAAAAUACAAUGAUAAGAACUAA